CCUUCUCUGAGAGUCUUUGUCUGUAGCUCAAUGCUGCCCAGGAGCUGCUGACAUAUUAGGAGGAUCAGGCACCCAGUUCCAGAAAUAUCCAAGGACUCUUGCUUCUUUUGGGUAUAUCAUUGUGACUCCACUUCUAACCUGCAGGCAGGUAUGGACUCAGGGGACAACUGGAUCCCUGAAGAUGUUGCCAGAUGGCUCUACCACAUUGGAAUUCAUCACUUCUUAACAACACAACAAGAUCACCAUGUCCCUCAACAGCUGGCUGCCCAGUUCAACCAGGAUUUACUAGGUGCCCCAGAGAUCUGCACUGGUUUGCACCAUCCUGUUCAGGUCCUGGAUGGGUAUCCAUAUAGCUACUGUGAGCAAAGUAACUCCUACCCUUGCAGUCAUGAGGGUCAACUGACAGUGGAACCAGUAGGACGUGCAGGUGAGGAGUCGGCGCCUAUUUCGCAGCGGGUCCCAGAACCUGACAUGAGAGGCUCUGAGGACGUGGCCCCAGGAACCGUUCUGCAGCGCCUAAUGCAGGAACACCUGAGGUAUGGUGGCCAAGCCAGUGACUCUGUGAGCUUCCACAGCAUGCCACAGUCAUCCCAGCAGCCAAUACAGCCAGCAGCAGGAAGCGCUGGGCUGGCCACCAGCAACCUUUCUUCCACAGAAAACCUCGUUCAGGAAGACGUACCUAUGGUCCAGCAAUCGGCACGUCAGGAACCCCAAGGCCAAGAGCAUCAGGUGGACAAUAUCUCUAUGGAGAAACAGGUUCUGCGUGUUGCACAGCCACAGCAGAAUAACGAGGAGCUGCCCACCUAUGAAGAAGCAAAAGCACAGUCACAACUGUUCCGAGGGCAACAGACAGGGCCAGGCUACUUUGUGGCAUCCAGCACUCCUCAGAAAGUCCGGACAGAGGGACGAUCUGCAGUCAGUCGUGCCAACACAGGACCUACACACAAGGAUGAAGCCCUGAAAGAGCUAAAGCAGGGCCAUGUGCGAUCACUGAGUGAGCGGAUCAUGCAGAUGUCACUGGAGAGGAAUGGGGCACGUCAGCAGGUGCCAGCAUGCAGUAGUAGCAGUCUGCCUUCCCAGACGACCUCUGCCAAAGGGAUGAAGAACUCAGCUGCUGUUUCUUCUCAGCAAACUGCUGCAAAAGGAGGAGAUCCCCGUGGUCCACCACCAGAAUACCCAUUUAAGAACAAGCCUUCAAUGACCAGUGUGACCAAAGCCCAGGAAGGGGUGCCUUGCUAUAGUGAAGCACAAUCAGCAUUGGUGCCAGAAACCCCCAAGGCCUACUGUGCUCCACCACCAAGUAAGGCAGGAGUCGCUGUGCUGAAGUGUCUGUCACCUCCUGAGUAUGGAGCAAGAGCAUGCCAGCCCCCGUACCAGACUGUCACACUCCGUCAUCAUAGCCCCAUGCCAUCUCCAGCUUCUUCCAUGUCGGGGUCCCUCCCACCUUCUUCUUUGUUUUCCCCAUCUCCAUUAUUGGUGCCAGCCAAUCAACACCUCCCUGGAGAUGCAUUUGCAGUGGUGGCACGAGCUCAACAAAUGGUAGAGAUUCUAUCUGAGGAGAACCGGGCUCUACGUCAGGAACUGGAGGUGCACUACGAGAAAGCUGCGAAGCUGCAGAAGUUUGAACGUGAGAUCUCCAAGAUCUCUGAAGCCUAUGACAACCUGGUGAGAAGCACAUCCAGGAGAGAGUCGCUGGAUAUUGCCAUGAAGAACAAGCUGGAGGGCGAGAUACGCAGGCUGCUUGAUUUCAACAGGGACCUGCGAGAUCGGCUGGAGACAGCUAACAGACAGCUGGCCAACAAGGAUCAUGAUGGGAGUGAUGGCCAGUGGACAGAUGGUCCUUGUCCCUCACAGGGCCGGGACAACAGCAAGGAGAAGCUGGAGUGGGAAGUGGCCUCUCUCCGCUCAGCUAAUGAAGACCAGCGGCGUCACAUCGAGAUUCUUGACCAGGCCUUAAACAAUGCCCAAGCCAACGUAGUUAGGCUAGAGGAUGAGCUGCGGAAAAAGCAGGUGUAUGUGGACAAGGUGGAGAGGCUACAGCAAGCAUUGACACAACUACAGGCCGCCUGUGAGAAGCGGGAGCAGUUGGAGAGGAGGCUUCGCACACGACUGGAGAGGGAGUUGGAAGCACUGAGGGCCCAGCAGCGACAGGGUGGCACCCCAACACUCCCUUCGGCUGAGGUCAGUGCACCAGCCCUUAUGGAGCUCCUGAGGGAGAAGGAGGAGAGGAUCCUAGGACUAGAGGCUGACAUGACCAAGUGGGAGCAGAAAUAUCUGGAGGAGAGUGCCAUGAGGCAUUUUGCCAUGGACGCAGCGGCCACAGCAGCAGCUGAGAGGGACACAACGAUCAUUAAUCACUCUCGGAAUGGCAGCUACAGCGAGAACUGUCAAGAAGCACGUGGCAUCUGGCAAGAAGAGGAAGAGAUCUCAUUGGCUGGCCGCCGUUGUCAGGACAUGGAGCAUAGAAUCAAGAACCUCCAUGCUCAGAUUAUUGAGAAGGAUGCUAUGAUCAAGGUGCUUCAGCAGCGUUCCAGGAAGAUAGACGCUGCUACUCUUCGUCCUGCCAGAUCUGUUCCUUCCAUUUCAGCAGCUGCAGGCCAGCAUUUACGACAAAACUCCCAGACCAGCAGCCAGAUUCCUGGGGAGAAGAAAGAAGAACGGACUUGGAAGGGCAGUGUGGGUCGUCUGCUGGGCAAGGAGAAUGCUGAUCAUCCUCACCCAGUUCCGCAGCUGCCCACUCUCUCCUCCACCUUUCCUCCCAGCCCACUCAUUUCAACUCACGUGAAAACAGGAAGUAAAGACAACAGCACACAGACAGACAAAAGUCCUGAAGCCCCCAGGAGCAACCAUAUGGCUAGCAGAAUUCGGCUCAGCAACACACCUACAGGAAGCCCAGUUCUGAGGCACCAGCUUGGUAAAUUGACUACAGAAAAACUGGAUGCUUCUCCAUCUCUCAUGAAGUAUGCCAACAGUAAGCCUUUAGGCACACGACCUGAUCUGCCAGACACAGAAGUUGUGGAGAUUCUCAUCUAGGAAGCCAAGUGGAUACGCAGCUCCUUAAGGGACUGAGUAAAUGAAAGCUGGAGCACGAGGAUGUAGCAGUCAGAGGAGUAAAGGUGUGGUUGGGGUAAUGAUGAGGAAGGUGCAUGGAGGAGCAAAACUUAAGUGGAUUCAGACAGUAAGAAGACCCCUGCUAUAUGGUGGAGUAGAAAGAAACAGGACAUUGGUAUUUUAUGACAAUCAAAGAAUCGCUUGACUAUUUUAUUUUAUUUGAAUUUAUGUGCAGUCUUAAGUUUCCCAGUUUUGUGGGGUAAUUUCAAUAACAGAAGACUACUGUGAGAGCAGUUUGAUCAUCAGAGAAGGAUGUAUUAAAGGUAGUCGUAAGAGGACUCGGGACUAUUCCAUCCAUGUAUUUGGACCAGUUUGGGAAAAGAGAUUACUCACUGCAAUCACUUUAGAGCUUAUCUAUGGAUACUGCACAUUUCCCAGCUUGUAAGUCAAUCAAAAACAAUUGCUGUUUCCAUGGCUCAACACAUGCAUACCUAGUACUUUCACUUCAAACAAGACAUUACAAAAUGCCCAAUGCAAUACUUGCUUAAAAGGAAACCGAAUGGAUUCGAAAUGCAUAAGACCUGUCUGUGUCAUAGCAAUAAUACUGGGCAUCAACAGCUCUAGCCACUGUGUGUGUGUGUGUGUGAGCACUAGGAUUUGGAAAAACAACUGGGUACCAAGCGUCACAUUACAUGAUCAAGUCCAAUGGCUGCAGUCUUAAGUGCACAUGGGGAGUUACAUCUCACUGUAAUCUUUACAGAAAGCCAUGUACGGACUAUACUGUUAAUUCACAUGAAGGUGUAAAGUUUGACAAAAUUCAUUCUAGUGACUGUUGUGGGUAAAGGUGAUUUUAUAAUAUUUUUAUAUAAACAUGGAAGAAAUAUUAAAAUUUAAAAAUGUA